UGCUGGACCUUGAGCGCGAUGAUAUAAACGCGGACAGUUUAUUAGUCAGGUGAAGAUGUUAGAAGGAAGUGCUUCCAAUGACGAAGUGAAGAAGACGUUGCCUCCUAAACAAACAUUUUUGUCACUUUCUUGGGAUUACUUUAAGUUGUUUCUGACAUGCGCCUCCAUUUACGGCGUAGGAUAUUUUCGACUUAGUACUACCUGGGUCUUGGUCGGGUCGCUUGGAUACUUCGUUUUGCAACAUACUAGAAAUAAGCAGUCAAGGUUAAUAAGCUCACUUAAAGCCAUUGGAGAAGACGAAAAAGCAUUCAUAAUCCAAAAUUUUACCGUAAGAGAUCUUCCGUCUUGGGUUUACUUUCCAGAUGUUGAAAGAGCGGAAUGGCUAAACAAAGUUAUUAAACGAAUGUGGCCAUCCAUUAGUGAGUACGCGAGAGAUAUUAUCGUUGCAUCUAUCGAGCCUGUCGUUGCACAAAAUCUACCAACUGCACUAACACCUUUUAAUUUUGCUACUAUUGACUUAGGUGACACGCCCCCCAGAAUCGGUGGAGUGAAAGUUUAUAUGAAUGAAAACAUCAGGAAGGACGAAAUCGUUAUGGACCUAGACCUUAUGCUAUACAGUGAUGCUAGAAUCAAAGUAAACUUAGGAAAAGUCAAGGCGGGAGUGAAGGAGUUUGAGCUGCGUGGUACACUACGUGUCGUUAUGAAGCCUUUAGUUCCAAAAGUCCCGUUCGCUGGUGCGGUUACUGUGUGCUUUCUGGAUAGUCCAUAUAUCAAUUUCUCUUUAACUGAUAUGGGAAAUAUCCUGGGACUCCCUGGUUUGCAACAAACAUUGAAUACAGUACUUCGUAAUGUUGUCAACCAGUUGGUCGUCCUCCCAAAUCGUUUACCGGUUCAACUGGUUCCUGAUAUUGACAUACAGCGUUUGAAAUAUCCAUUACCUCAAGGCGUUCUUCAUAUCAAUAUCAUAUCUGGUCGAAAUCUUAAAGCAGGUGAUAAAAAUAUGAUUGGACACCGUACAUCUGAUCCAUAUUGUGUUAUACGAGUUGGCGCUAGAACGUUCACUACUUCUGUUGUUAAAGAAACACUAGAACCAGUUUGGAACCAACAUUUUGAGUCUAUCGUCGAUAUUUGUCAUGGUCAGUCAGUAACAUUUGAAGUAUACGAUAAAGAUCAAGGGAACAAAGAUGAUUAUUUAGGUUGUACUUCGAUACCAGUUGAGUCGGUAGUCAGUGAAGGUGAAAUAGACACGUGGUCCUCAUUAGAAGGGGUAAAAACUGGUUCAUUACAUAUUCAAUUAACGUGGUUUCGACUGUCAAAUCAUGAAGUGGAUUUUGUACAGUCAAUGGAACAGGCUUUACAGUAUCGUAAAGCAUCCGGACGAAGUAUGAGUUCAGGAUUUUUAUACGUUGUUAUUGAGCAAGCGAAUAAUUUGCCACACGUAAAACAACUACAAGAACCUUCACCAUUUUGUAAUAUCCAUCUAGGACGUGAUUAUCAAACAAACGAAGUUAAAGAAAAAACACAAAAUCCUGUUUGGAAUUCCGUACAUCAUUUUCUUGUUAGUGAUCCAAACGUUGAUAUACUUCAACUUAUUAUACGUGAUAGUCGGACGGAGACAAAACUAGGAUCUUGUAACAUCUCACUACAAACCUUAUUAACACAGAAGAAUAUGUCUGUCACGCAACCAUUCACCUUACAAGAUACAGGUCGAGAAACAUCAACCAUUUACAUGCAUUUACAACUGUUGGCUUUACUUCCUGGACAACGCCAAAAUCCAAGCGGGCAUGAUAAUACUAAUAUAAAACGGAGUUUAUCCCUGAAUAAGAAUUGUACUGAUAAUACUAUCCCAACUGAAAAACCUGCUGAAUCCCCCACAGGAAAUCCAGAAAUGGUUGUGAGAAAUCGUUUUCCUGAUGAUAAUGAUAUUAUUUCUUCCACAGAAUCUUUAUCAACAACAAACUUCGAUAAUCAGUCUGUUCAGCCAAUUAGACAAGUGAUGACUAGUAAUAGUAUACAACAAAUAAGCAAUUCGUCACUGGGUCGUAUUCGUUUAACUAUCCAGUUUCAUUGUCUAUCGAACUAUUUAGAAGUAACAGUACAUGAAUGUCAACAUUUAAGCGGUGUUGAUAAAGACGGUCUAUCUGAUCCAUAUGUAAAACUUUAUCUUAUGGAUUUACACGACAAUGUGGUCAGUGAUUCAAAAAAGACUAAAACUGUUAAAGAUAAUUUGGAUCCAAAGUACGAAGAAAAUUUUCAAUUUCCGAUUGAGGCUGACCACCUUCCAUUAACCAUUCUAAGGCUGGAUAUCAAAAAUCAUGUUGGGCGUUUUACACGUAGUGGAAAAACGCAUUUCAUUGGAACUUUGUCGAUAAAUCUUAUUGAUUCAGUAGACGGGAAAGCUGAUACUAAGUGACGUUUGUAUUGCUUUUUAGAACUAAGGUAAUAAUCAUAACUAUCGAAGUAUUUCACUCCACUUGUGAAAUAUUUAGCAUUCAUAUAAACACUAUAUGUGUUUUUUAUCCUCAUAAAAUUCAAUCUUAUUGCAAAAAUGUAUUCAUACGUGUAUUCAGAAAUUAAUUUCAACCCGGAUGGUUGAAUUCCAGCUAAACACAUGGUGAAUAUCAUGUUUAGUUAUUUUGUCCCUCAAUAUAUGGAAGAUGGAGUCGAAUAAGCUCAUUGUUCAGAUUAUUUUUAGUCACUUCAACCUGAUGGUUUCUGCCUAUGUGAAGGUACAUCUAUUCAACUAAUGAUAUCUGUUAUGAUGAGAUUAUGCAUGAUGUUUUAUGAAUCUGGUUCAUUGAUUAAUGUCUAUCUUUAGAUAUUUUUUCAUCAAUUGGAUUCUAAAGUGAAACACUGUCUGCUAUUGGAGACUUUGCGACUAAAUGAAGCGAGAUUUUCCUUGGAAAAUAAUAUAAAUCAAGCUAUUUACUCAGGUUAAUAACACAAGAGUUAACAACAAAUUUAUCGACUUCCAAGUGUGAAAGGUUUUGGUUGUAACCAACUACACUUGUAUACCUCAAAAUAUUUUCUGCAUGUUUCGAGACAAAUUAUUUUUUGUUCAUGAUAUAUUUUAGGAUUAUUCUUCUAAAACUAUAUUCCUCGCAAGUGAGAAACCAUUAUGACGUUCAUGUAGAUGCUUAAUUUUUGUUUUUCAGUAUUUGUUUUGACCAAUUAAAUUCAUAGUAACUUCUCAGGCUUUGUGCAAAAUUCAGAUCGCAGUGAAAGACGGCAUGUGUCUUAUUAGGAAUAAGGGAAAUCGUCAACAUUUAGUUAUAAAAAUACUGAGAAUUGAUGUAAAUAUCUUUUACGUAACCACAUAGUGAAUAUGAGAUUGUGCGUAAACUAUAUUAAAUGAAAUCUCUGCUCACUAAUGCAGCUUAUAAAUUAGAAUACUUGAAAUGACUCAAUCCAUAGUCAAAGACGUUCGUAUGGCCCAAGCGUAUUUUCCUACUUUAAAGCUUCCAACCACAACCGUUCUUACCCUAACUCAUAAAUUUACCUAAGCUCUCAUUAGUUAAUUAUAAAUCUUUUUCUUUCACUAUAAUGAACAACUCAACUUGUAAGGGUCGUUAUAUCAUAUCGAAACUACUUUUUUCACUGUGAUUGUAUUGCUUCCUAUCACUAAUUUUUUCUUUAAAUAAACAUCUUUCUGAUUGGCUGGUGAAACACCAAGGUUGACUUUACUAAAUAACUUCCUAUAUAAAUUUCCUAUUCCUACUGAUUAGUUAAUGUUGCACCAGUUUUUAGCUUCUUUAUGCCUAAAGUAAAAUGGAAUGUUGAGCUUUUGUUUCUUUCUAUUUAAGGUACGACUUGGGGUCACCCAUUUUUCGACCAUAACUUCGUCUUUUCUUGUUCGAUAUACAUGCAGCUAUUGUCUCUAUGUUAUUUGGUCUUUAUUCAUCUUGCACACUCAAUGUCUGCAGUAUUCUUUAAUAAUAAUUAGUUACUUCCAUAAACUGUUGUCUCUAUUUCUAUUCAAUAAGUGUGAUUUAUUUUAAUUUUUGCUUUUCUGUGUAUUUACCUUCACUAAGAAGCAUGUAUAUUUAUAUUUGCCAUAAUAUCAUAUUUUUAUAAAGAACAAUUGUUAAUGGUUACUAUUUACAACUCUGAAAGUGUAUGAAAUUUUAUUCUAUGACCUACUACUGAACGUUCAUUUUUGCUUACUUAUUUCAUGUUGCCAUGUGCGUCAUAUUGUAAUCUUCCUUUAGAUUCUUUGCUUUUUGAGUUGCAUUAUUUUUUUCACAUCCAUAGUGAUAUAACCGCCAUUACUGCUACAUCGAAAAUUUACCUACCUAGAAAGUUGUGGCCUAUUUAACUAAUAUAUUUCUUGUGUUGAA